AUGUUUGCCAUUUUUGUAGUGCCACCAAAAGUUGUCUUGUCACUUUUUAUUUUGUUUCUACACCACUUGCCAGAUAUCCACCCACUUGUUGGUCUAGUGCUUCUCCUCCAGUGGAUGGUAAAUCCCAUUUUUAUUGCGUUUUUGUACAUGAUAUCGCCCACUCUUAGCUUCUUGUUUGGGAAGCUCAAAAUAUCACCCCCUAAUGUUAGGCCUUCAAGCUUGACCGUCGCUAACAACCAUGCCACUGUAUGUGGAAUUGGAAACAAUGAUUACUACCGUAAUGAUUGUGUGAUAACAGUGACUGCCGGUACCGGAGGGACAGAAUCCUAUGAUUGGUGCGAGAUUCUGACAAGAAUGUAUAAAAAGUUUAUUACCAAGUAUCGCUCUCCCCAAAAUGGAUUUGGAAAUUUUAAUUUCCCCGAGUCACUGGCAAUCAGGUCAAUUGAACAAUCUGUGAUGGAUGGUGGCACUGGAUAUAAAUUUGCCAAGAUUCACGUCACUGGUAUGUAUGCCUAUAACUUGCUAAGGUCCGAGAAUGGUACCCAUAGAUUGGUUAGAAAUUCACCGUUCAAUACGCAAAACAAACGUAUGACCAGCUUUGCUGGUGUUGAAGUUAUGCCUGUUCUUACUGACAUGGACCAAGGGGUUAUGAAUGCAAACAGGCAUUUGGAGAUUAAGAAAUCUGAUUUGCGUAUUGAGACUAUGAGAAGUGAGGGAAAAGGCGGCCAAAAUGUAAACAAGGUUGAGACAGCGGUUAGAAUCACGCAUCUACCAAGUGGAAUAGCCGUCAAGUGUCAGCAAGAGAGGACUCAAGAGCGCAAUAAGGCUAUCGCAAUGAAGGAGCUAGAAUUGAAAUUGGUUAAGUUGAGGGAGGAGGAGAUUAAACAUCUGGAAAAUGCCAUAAAGGGACCCCGUAUAAUAGCUGAUUGGGGUAGACACAUAAAAAGUUACAUUCUCAGUCCGCAGGCCCGCUUUAAAGAUCAUCGCAUAGGUUAUCAAUCCAGUAACGUACAGUCAGUAUUAGAUGGCGAUCUUUUACCUUGUAUUUUAGCAUACCAUCAAGCCAACCUUGCUGAUUGA